AUGGAUGACGAUUCCGAAAUCUUGUACGACUAUUCUCCAAGGUUUCUGAUCUACAAGAGUGGCCGUAUCGAACGCCUCCUGCCCGAAACUUUCGUCCCACCGUCGCUGACCCCAACAAACGGCGUCGUUUCCAAAGACGCCGUCUAUUCACCGGAGAAUGACCUCUCUCUCCGGAUUUACCUUCCUCAGAAUGCCGUCGAGACCGGUGAAGAGAAGAAGAAGAAGCUCCCGCUCCUCGUCUACUUUCACGGUGGAGGUUUCAUCAUGGAAAGGCCUUUCACUUCGACUUACCACACUUUUGUCACCACGGCGGUCAAGGCCGCCGAUUGCAUCGCUGUCUCUGUGGAUUACCGACGUGCGCCUGAGCAUCCGAUUCCCACCGCGUACGAAGAUUCGUGGGACGCGGUCAAAUGGAUCUUCACUCAUGUCGCCGGAUCCGGUCCGGAAGACUGGCUGAACGAAAACGCCGAUUUCAACAGAGUGUUCCUCUCCGGAGACAGCGCCGGAGCAAACAUCGCGCAUCACAUGGGAGUCAGAGCUGGAAAAGAGAAGCUCAAGCUGGACGAUGAUGAGUUCAAAAUCUUUGGGAUGGCUCUGUUUUGCCCUUAUUUCUGGUCAAAAGCUCCGAUCGACGAGCAUGAGACGACAGACGAGGCGGCGAGGAGAGGCGUGGAAGGGAUGUGGGAAAUCGCGAGCCCUAACAGCGAAAACGGAGUGGACGAUCCUUUGUUCAACGUGGUCGGGUCGGAUGACUCGGAUAUAACCGGAUUGGCUUGCGGGCGGGUUUUGGUGAUGGUGGCCGGAGACGAUAUAUAUGUCAGGCAAGGUUGGGGUUACGCGGGGAAGCUGGAGAGGAGUGUGUGGCUAGGCAAAGUGGAAUUAGACGAGACUGAGGGCGAAGGUCACGUUUUCCACAUUACGGAUCCUGAUUCUGACAAUGCUCGUCGACUUGUUCAGAUAUUUGCAGACUUUCUUAACGACAAGACAAGUUGGUCCAUUUAA